ACCAACUUGGACAACAUCAUUUAAAUUAUAAAACCCUCCAAUAAAUAAAACUUGGUUUAUCCAAUCAUCUUAUUUCUCUGUGCUCUCCACCAUUUUACAUAAACCCCAAAAUCUCUCUUCAUCAUCAUUCAUCAACAUCAUCUCUCUUUCUCUAUCUCUCUGUCCCUCCUUCUCUUUCUCAUUCAUUGCAAUGGGCAGAAGAUGCUCACACUGUGGAAACGUAGGACAUAACUCAAGAACAUGUUCUUCUUACCAUACAAGAGUAAUUAGGCUCUUUGGUGUUCAUCUAGACACCACAAGCUCUUCUCCGCCGCCUCCUCCUCCUCCGUCGAUUUUGGCUGCUGCAAUGAAGAAAAGCUUCAGCAUGGAUUGCUUGCCGGCAUGUUCCUCCUCUUCCUCUUCUUUCGCCGGUUAUCUCUCCGAUGGUCUCGCCCACAAAACACCCGAUCGUAAAAAAGGGGUUCCAUGGACGGAGGAAGAGCACCGGACGUUUCUAGUUGGAUUAGAGAAGCUUGGAAAAGGAGAUUGGAGAGGAAUCUCUAGAAACUACGUCGUCACAAAAUCCCCGACACAAGUGGCAAGUCAUGCUCAAAAGUACUUUCUCCGGCAAACCACCACUCUCCAUCACAAGAGACGCCGCACCAGCCUCUUUGAUAUGGUUUCGGCCGGCAAUGUUGAAGAAAAUAGUACUAUUAAGAGUAUAUGUAAUGAUCAUAUUGGGUCGACCUCAAAGGUUGUUUGGAAACAAGGAUUACUCAAUCCUCGUCUUGGAUAUCCAGAUCCGAAAGUGACAGUAUCCGGGUCGGGUAACUCCGGUGGCGGACUCGAUCUUGAGCUGAAGCUUGCGUCCAUUCAAUCUCCUGAAUCGAAUAUUAGACCUAUUAGCGUUACGUGAAUAUAUAUAACACGUUAUGAGUUUCAUUAGUAUAAUUCAAAUGUUUACAUAUAUAAUAUAUUAUCGAUCCUAUCUAAUUUGAUUUUGAUCCAACGUUAGUUACUUUGAUAAUUUCCUGAAUAUUUUUUUGGUUUUUUCAGUGUGAGAUUUUUUUCUUGGAUCCAUACUUAUUUCUGUAAAUUUAUGAUUUAUCUCGGCAAAACUAUUAUAUUUAGGGUA